GAGUCCCGGUGAAGUUCCACUCUAACCUAAAUGUGAAUUGACUGUGGGAAUGACUCCCCCCCCUCAGAACUUUUUGAGGGGAGGGUCGCGUCACGCCCACCCAGCACUCUGGCAUGGGGUGGAGGAAGAGUACAAAUAACAUGCAGAUAACAGCAAAUACACAUUUUCCAUUCAGGUGCUCCACGGGUGACAUUUCCACUCCAAAAACAUGGCUCAAGCUCUAGACAUCGAUCGCUGCAACUUGGAAUGUGACUUCAACAACACAGACCAUUACACUGACCUCAACGGGGUGGACCGGCUGAUAGUGAGGCGGGGUCAACCCUUUACCAUCAGCUUGUAUCUUCGUUCGGGAAGCUACCAACCAGGACUUAGCACUCUGCAAUGCAUUGCUGAGACAGGUCCGCAGCCUUCUGAACAAUACGGCACCCGGGCCUUGUUUGGUCUGUCCGCCAACGUCGACACGUCGCGCUGGAGUGCGGCGGUCGUCAGUCCCCCUGGAGACAGCGUGGCGCUGUCCCUCUGCGCUGCCCCCGAUGCACCCAUCGGACGUUACAACCUGAGCUUGGGACACUCUGCACGGAUUGACUUCAUCCUGUUGUUUAACCCCUGGUGUUCAGGAGAUGCUGUAUAUCUGGACAAUAAGGAGAGUUUGGAAGAAUAUGUCUUGUCCCAGGAUGGGAUCAUCUUUCGGGGCGAUGCCAAACAUCCAAUAGCGACUCCAUGGAACUUUGGCCAGUUUGAAAGUGGAAUCCUGGAUGUGUGUUUGAGGAUUUUGGAUAUGAAUCCCAAAUAUCGACGUAAUCCAGGCAAAGACUGCUCAGGCAGGAGAAAUCCCAUCUAUGUGUCCAGAGUUCUCAGUGCCAUGGUGAAUUUCAAUGAUGAUGACAAAGGGGUUUUGCAGGGAAACUGGACAAACAAAUUUGACGGAGGGGUGAGCCCCAUGUUCUGGAAGGGCAGUGUGGAGAUUCUGCGUUGCUGGGACACACAAAGUUGUCAGCCUGUUCGUUUCGGACAGUGCUGGGUGUUUGCUGCUGUUGCCUGCUCAAUUUCCAGAGCUCUUGGCAUCCCCUGCAGAGUGGUCACCAACUAUUCCUCAGCACAUGACGUUAACAGCAACCUGGUGAUCGAACGCUACAUCAACGAGAACGGGGAACUCAUUCGAUCCAGAGAAAUGAUCUGGAACUAUCACUGCUGGGUGGAGAGCUGGAUGAGCCGACCAGACUUAAUUAGUUCCGCUUAUAACGGCUGGCAAGCCAGUGACCCCACACCUCAAGAAAAAAGUGACGGAGUGUUUUGUUGUGGGCCCAUCCCUGUCAGGGCCAUUAAGGACGGUGAGCUCAUGUACAAGUACGACGCUCCCUUUGUCUUUGCCGAAGUCAACGCUGACGUCAUCACCACCAUGAAGAAAAAAGACGGCAGCACAUCGAAAGUCACCUCGACCCAACUGGUGGGGAAGAAGAUCAGCACCAAAAGCAUUGGCAGCGACCACAGAGAAGACAUCACUCAUCUGUACAAGCAUCCCGAAGGUUCUGAUGAAGAGCGCGAGGCCUUCAAGAAAGCCAACCACCAAAAUAAACUUCUCCAGCAGCAGGACAACCAAGGCCUGAACGUGACUAUCAAAGUGUCCCCGGAGAUGAAAAAGGGCUGCGACUUUGACGUGUUUGCUUUGGUUAGCAACAACACACAGAGCGACAAAAAGUGCCGCCUGCUCUUUGGAUCCUGUGCCGUGUCCUAUAACGGCAAUCAGGGAGGGAACUGCGGCUUCAAAGAUUUACUCAAUGUUGAGCUGUCACCUGGAGGAGCCAGGAAGGUUCCGCUAAGGCUCAACUACUCCAAAUAUGGUGGGCAGCUCACCGAAGAUAACAUGAUCCGUCUGGCAGCUCUCCUGUUUGACUACGCCACUCGAGAAGCCACGCUGGCAGUGAGAAACAUUGUGCUGGACAAUCCUGAAAUUCAAGUCCGAAUUUUGGGUGAACCCAAGGAGAAUCGAAAACUGGCGGCCGAGAUCACGCUAAAAAAUCCUUUGCCGGAGCCAUUGGAGAAUUGCUGCUUCAGCAUGGAGGGGGCUAACCUGACUGGAGGAAGCGUCGUCUCGGAGAGGCUGAGCUUUCCGGUGGGACCUGGGGAAGACGCCAAGGUGAAAAUGUACUUCACUCCCACCCACAGCGGACUGAGAAAGCUGGUGGUGGAUUUUGACAGUAGCAAGUUGUGUCACGUCAAGGGCUACAAAAACGUCAUCAUUGGAAAGUAAUCGCGUUACGAGACAGAAGCAAUAUGAAGGUGUCACUUUAGUUUUUAUCAUAUGUAAAAUGUAUCCCUAUAAAGUUUUUAUGUAGUGUAAUGAGUGUUUAUAUUUUUGUAUGUAAAACGGCACAUGACUUUAAACAGGCAUUUCUUCCAAAUAUAAAUUUGAAGAGACAUUUGGAAUAAUGUUUUUAUCAUUGUCAAUAAGUGUGUGUGUCAAUGUUGUUUUUAUUGGCACAAAUAUUUAAGGCAACUAAGAAUGAAUUAAGAAGCAAUUUACGUAGAACUGACUUCCACAUUCGAAUUUCAAAACAAAUGGAAUGAUUUUUUUUUUCGUCUCACCCCUUGGUUCAUGCCUUGUGUUUGAAUGAUAU